AUGCCUGUACACGUGGGACCCAACUAUAGAAGACUUACAAAGGGGCAGGUGCACUAUAAUAUUGUGAUUUGGUGGCCCGGCCUCAGUGCCUCCUCCAUGGAGCUAGAAACCUUGAGGCCACUUGUAGGCCCCUACCUGCAGAGCCCCCCACCUGUAAGCACUGGCCUCUCUCCUGGCCGGUUGCUGGGGCUGAGCUCAGAAGCUCCCCCAGCCUCCCCAGCCUCACCCCGGACCUCCGGGCCUUUGCCCAGGCCCCAGUGCCCGAAGGCAUUGGUGACUGAUUUUGGCCUAGCAGUGAAGAAGCAAGGCAGGAGUGAAGCCAUGAUGCAGACCACGUGUGGGACUCCGAGCUACAUGGCCCCUGAAGUUAUCAAUGCCCACGACUAUAGCCAGCAGUGUGACAUUUGGAGCAUAGGUGUCAUAAUGUACAUUUUGCUGUGUGGAGAUCCACCCUUUAUGGCAAGCUCAGAAGAGAAACUUUUUGAGUUAAUAAAAAAAGGAGAACUACGUUUCGAAAAUCCAGUCUGGAAUUCCAUAAGUGAAAAUGCUAAAAGUGUUUUGAGACAGCUCAUGAAAGUAGAUCCUGCUCACAGAAUCACCGCUAAGGAACUCCUUGAUAACCAGUGGUUAACAGGCAACACACUUUCCUCAGGGAGACCAUCCAAUGUAUUAGAAAUGAUGAAAGAAUGGAAAAAUAACCCAGAAAGUGAUGAGGAAAACACAGCACGUGAGAAGAAUAAUUGGCCCAUUCAAGAAAAAUCAAAAAGUUAUGAACUCAAAGGAAAUGUCCAUGAUGUCAAUGACACUUCAGAUGAGGAGGAAGAAAAACAGCCCACUGCUUCUGCAGAGGAGUCUCCCUCAACCAGUAAGAAGGCAAAUACAGACAACGCGGACACGUGCUGUUCAACUUCCACAUCUGGCAAGCUCCUCCCCGCGGAUCCCAAGGGUGAACUGGAGAAAAGCCCCGUGACUUCAGGCCAAGGGACCACAACCAAAGUCACCGUGAAAUCCACUGCCCUGGCUAAAAUCAAAAAGAAACUGUAA